GUGUGUACAUUUCAAACAGGUUCGAAAUCUGACCAAUAUAAACGAAACACGGGCAGGACAGAUAGAAGAAACACGGUGGUACUGAACGUAAACGGGAUAACAGGCGGAACUGCUAAUAAUAGUCGUUAGCUUUGUUGAGGUUAGUUCAAGAUUUGAAAUUGUUCAACUUGUUCAAGUAGCGUACCGUGCCUUCUCUUGCUGUUUUGUUUUUACCUUUUUUUGUGAAUCCAAUCCUGCUCCGAAUAGAAGAUGAAUUCAUUGGGCAGUUCUUCCAAAUGGCCAUCUUAUGACUCGCUAACCUCCACCUCAAGCUUUCUCUUCAGUGAGAGUGAGCAGACUGAGGAUGAAGCAGACGUCUUCUCUGAGGGAGAAGGAGACAGUGGAAUAAGAAAGUCCCUCUCAGGCGAUGAAGGAAUCACACUCUCUGGAAAUUAUCUUAAAUUCCCACCACAUUCAGAUCAGCUGCACUCAAUGUCUAAGAGCGACCAGCCUGAACACUGCCCUGAUGAAACGAAGCGUCUCGACCCAGCUUCUUUUUCUGGAGCUGCCACGUUAGGCUCAUCUUCAGCAACACCAGGAGACCUGGCCUUCGCUCAGAAAUGUGCAGAUUUGUGGAGGUUUAUUGGCCCUUUGCUUGAGCUUCUCCAUGGACUAAAAACUGGGCGGUUUAACAGAGGUCUAUCCAGUUUCCAGCAGAGUGUUGCAAUAGACAGAUUACAGAGGAUUCUUGGAAUUCUACAGAAGCCUGAAAUGGGUGAGAAAUACCUCCAAAACCUGCUGCAGAUAGAGAUGAUGCUCAAAAUAUGGUUCCCUCGGGUGGCAUUUCAGUCCACGGAUAUACAGAGCAAGACCUUCACUCCCAGAGUUCGACCACACUGGCGCCAAAACCAGCUCCACAUGCCAGUUAAGAAGAGAAAACUGAGCUUGUCAGAGAACGAUGACUCCAGAGAAGUCCCGACCAAGAAUAAGCACUAUCAACAUGGAAAACAUUGGAGCUGCCAGGCUGUGACUCCACUUGACACAAUUUCCACAUGUCUACCUGGAUCAUCUAAAAAACCGAGAGCUCCAGAGGAUGAAACCGUUGAGGGCAGCUGUACAGCUGAACAUGAGUUUACAUACAGCACUGGCACUUUAAGCAGGCCGUUAUAUUUAUGUAGCAAGAGAGAAAAUAAGAAUCAGAAGCAGUCUGUGAUUUCUCUGCCCUCCUCUUGUGAAAUCCCAGCUACACAGGACAGCUCAGUGUCCUCAAGUGACAUCAUAACAACUACAACUGACUCACCUUAGCUGGCCUUAGCUCACCUUGCUACCACAUGGAGGUGCCUCUGCAUGCCAAUCUGAGUAAAGGCAAAGGGUGGACCUGAUUACAUAAGUAUAAAGUUAGGCACAGAGCCAGUCUGUGAUGGCUGCAAGGCAUGUAAAACCAGAAGAGGAGGAGGAGGAGCAGAAAUGCAGAGACAUUCAUUAACCCCUAACUACCCAGUGUGGUUUUUGAUUACACCAGAGUUAUUGCAAUUAUAUCAAGGACAUUGAUAUAGUCCGUACAGUCUGUAAAAGUAUCACCUUUUUGUAUAUUUUAUCUUCUACUAAGUUAAAAAGAUGUGGACAUAUUUUAUAUGUGUAAUGCGUUCAAGCAAUCUGUGCUCUGUUUUGUAUUUUUUCAUAUGAUAACGCAGACCAAACAGUAACAAUAUACAAUUUCAUAACACUGGUGAAAAACAGAAAUAACAUAUCAAUUUUAUGAAAGUGAGGAAAGACAGAUGAUCAUUGCUGGUAUAGUUUAAAGCUGAAACCAUUAGUCAGUUGUUCAUUAUAAAACAAAUAUUUUCAUGCAAAGCUGGUUCCAGCUUCUUAUGUGAGGAUAAGACAGGAACUUGUGAUGGCCAUUUUUUACUAUUUUAUUAAAUUUUAUAGACCAACUAAUUAAACGAUGAAUCAAGGAAAUAAUUGGCAAGUUAAUUUGUAGUGAAAGACAUUUUUUUUUUUUUAUCAACACUUAACACACACAUGUAACAUUAUUGUUUUGAUGUGAAUAAGAAUAUAUAUAGUUGAACUUAUAGAUAAAGAGCAAAAUGCUGCCCAGGAAAUAUCACAGCCUGAUUAAUAAUUAUUGAGAUAGUUGAGGAAAUAUGAGAUGCCUGGCUGGAUGUUAAUAUGUCAUCUACUUCAGUAACUAGCCAGUAAAAGAACUUGUUUUGUGUAGAAAGAGUUGAAAAGGUAACAUUUUAUUACACAAAUGAGUGACUAUUUUUUAUAUUAUAGAACGGAUAUAUUAUAUUUGAUCCUGUGUUACACAUUUGUUAACAUCAAAUAAUUAUUAUUUAUUAAAGAUCUGUUUAAGAGGAUUGGUACUUAAAAAAAAAAGUUGACUCCAUCGAUGGAUGCUUGAAUCAGAUACUAUUUAGACUAAAUUUAGCUUAUUGUCAGGCUUAUUGUUCACACAAAAUACUUUAUUGUUCACUCAAAGAGCUUAACUAUUGAUUAUGUAUUACAGAAUAUCAUGGAACUGUGAUAAACAAAUAAUUUUUUGAUAGCAUUUGGCCAUUUGCACCACCAUAUUUUAAAUGUAGAUAUUCAUGUUGAAUGGGGUUUCAUCUUUGGUGGUUUGUCACCAGUUAGCCUUACUUAUAUGACAUAAAGGUAACCAUAAAUCAUUGCAAACCAAAUGUGCUGCUGUGGAGAUGUAGAUGUAAUUAGUCAUUUUUAUUGGCCCUCAGUUAUGUUAUUUAAAAUAGAAACUGUAAGUAUGUGGUGGAGAACAAUUUUGUAUUGUAGUGUUGUUUUGGUAUGUAAAAUGUUGCACCCUAGUACAGGUUUUGCUGUGCUAUGUUACACAUCUUUCAUUUGUGGAAUUGGAGAAAAACUUAGAGUAAAGUAAAAUUAUUAUUUCCCAGUUUUCUUGUUUUCAGUUUGAUUUGUUUUAUGCUUUGUUUAUUAUAAUUAAAUUGUGGUUAUUGGUGACUGAUUGAUAAAUGCACAUAUUUUUUUUAUAUAUUAAAUGAAUGAUGCGUUUGAUCAAAA